AUGGCGGCGACGAUACGGUUUUUCGCGUUGCUCGUCUGCGUUGCCCAGCUGGCCAUCCAGGGAACGGAAUCAAAAGACGUCUUCACCAACUCGUUCCUGGUGAGGCUACGCGGAGAUCAUGAGCCCGUGACCGCUGACAGGGUCGCCAAGAGGAACGGCUUCCACAGCCUGGGACCGGUGUUGGGUUCCAGAAAUGAGUACCACUUCGUGCACCGCGCCGUGCCCCGCUCCCGCACCAAGCGCAGCAUUCCGCACAUGCGCAAGCUGAGGUCAGACCCCCUGGUGGAGGCAGCUGUCCAGCAGACCGGUUUCAAGCGGGUCAAGAGGGGGUACACGGAGCUCAAGCUCGGGCCUGAGAACCUCAGGCUGCAGAGGGAACCCAGCGAUCCUUACUUCCCGUACCAGUGGUACUUGAAAAACGUGGGACAGAACGGAGGCAAGCCGAGGUUGGACCUGAACGUGGAGGCAGCUUGGGCGCAGGGAUUCACGGGAAAGAAUGUUACGACAGCCAUCAUGGACGACGGGGUUGACUACAUGCACCCGGACCUUCGGGACAAUUACAAUGCCAAGGCCAGUUACGACUUCAGUAGCAACGACCCCUUCCCCUACCCCAGGUACACAGACGAUUGGUUUAACAGUCAUGGAACACGAUGCGCUGGAGAAGUGUCAGCAAAGCGAGACAACGGAGUUUGCGGCGUGGGUGUUGCCUACGAUUCCAAGGUGGCUGGUAUCCGCAUGCUGGACCAGCCUUACAUGACAGACCUGAUCGAGGCCAACUCGAUGGGUCACGAACCGAACCUGAUCGACAUCUACAGCGCCUCCUGGGGACCGACAGACGACGGCAAGACCGUCGACGGGCCGAGGAACGCCACCAUGCGCGCCAUUGUCAGGGGAGUCAACGAGGGCCGACACGGCCUCGGCAACAUCUACGUGUGGGCGUCCGGCGACGGCGGCGAGGACGACGACUGCAACUGCGACGGCUACGCGGCGUCCAUGUGGACAGUGUCCAUCAACUCGGCCAUCAACAACGGCGAGAACGCCCACUACGACGAGUCCUGCUCGUCCACCCUCGCGUCCACCUUCAGCAACGGGGCCAAGGACCCGCACACGGGCGUCGCCACGACGGACCUGUACGGAAAGUGCACCAAGACCCACUCCGGAACGUCGGCCGCCGCCCCUGAGGCCGCGGGUGUCUUCGCCCUCGCCCUCGAGGCCAACCCGACGCUGACUUGGAGGGACAUCCAGCACCUGACCGUGCUCACCUCAAAGAGGAACUCGCUAUACGAUAGCAAGAACCGCUUCCACUGGAAGAUGAACGGAGUGGGUCUCGAGUUCAACCACCUGUUCGGCUACGGGGUCCUCGACGCUGGGGCCAUGGUGGCCCUGGCCAAGAUCUGGAAGACGGUGCCGCCCAGGUACCACUGCGAGGCCGGAUCUUACCUUAAGACCAGCGAGUUCCGAACCAAUAACAGCCUGAAGAUUUUCAUUGACACGGACUCGUGCGCUGGCACUGUGACCGAAGUGAACUACGUGGAGCACGUGCAAGCCGUCAUCACGCUGAACGCCACCAGGAGGGGCGACGUCAAGCUCUUCAUGGUGUCUCCGUCUGGCACAAGGUCGAUGAUUCUGAGCCGGCGUCCCAACGACGACGACCGCCACGACGGCUUCACCAAGUGGCCCUUCAUGACCACCCACACCUGGGGCGAGAACCCCAGGGGCCGCUGGAGCCUCGAGGCCCGGAUCGAGGGCGCGGACCCUUCCAAGAGCGACCCCAAGGCACGGGGCUUCCUCCGGGAGUGGACCCUCAUGGUCCACGGCACCAGGGACCCGCCGUACGUCGACCUUCCGGCCCACGACAGCAACUCCAAGCUGGCCAUCGUCAAGAAGGCCCACGAGACAACACAACGCGGCGGCAAAGCGCCCAGGCCGUAGAGGGUCGGCGGUCCUCGGGGCUGUAUAGUGUGCCUGGAACGGGCCUCCGACUAUGGUGCGUUUACCGCGUCAGAAAAAGCGGUCCCUUGAUUUGCGCCCGUUGACGUCGUAGAAGUUUCACGCUGUCGCCGUCCUUCGGCUGCAAGGAGUUGGGAUGCCGCGACGACAGCGACACUCGCGUUGUCUCGUGUGCUUUUGUCCAGAACUUGUACGCCCAACCGUCAUGAUUGGGACACCCGACAGCAUAACACUACGACUUUUGUGACGUCAUUUGUUGCCACUUCGGAGCCAUUUUCGAUGCAUUGACGAAUAGGACGCUAAACACGCCAGUCGGAGACGCGCUCAAGGCUCCUUACCGGUAUCGCCGCCUCCUGACGUCAUCUGGUGGGGUGUCGACAUAUGUAGAUGGGUGAAGUUACGGCGCCGUCAUUGCGGGAGAGCAACGAAUGCAGGUAGAGAGAUGCAAAAAAAAAACGCACUUAUUUGUUGUGCUGUCCUGACAAAAAGAGAAGGAAAAGGGGUGGGUGAAGAAAAUUAAGCUUUACCAAAAAGACUGCCUAUGCUUUUAGGUCCAUAUGGACCUUAAAAUUUCUGCCGACGUUUUUAAACACUUUUUUUUCUUUAAGCAGGGGAAAGUUGUUUUUGGCUAGAUGUAAGUACAGAGGCUAAACCAAUUCGCUGGGGGAAAUUAAUAUUUUUGGUAUGAACAGUUGCUGCACCAAAAAUGUGGUACAGUAAGCAAUCGUUUAGUAGGUUUCGCCAAACAAAAGAUUACUCCAUAUUGCCUUCAAAUUUUUCCGAUAUAAAAAAAAAAUUGUUUUCCAUAUUAAACCUAUUUUGUAAUCAGGCCGAUGUAUGUGCGAAAGGUUGCCAGGCGUUGAUGUCGUUUUACAGCGCACUUUAUCGUGCGUCUGAUGUGCUUCGGAUGGCAGCGACCUAUCUUCCUCUAUUCUUGAUGUGUACCAGAUGACGUCAUCGAGGCCGGUGGUUCGGUACUUGUAGCACUUUUGGCGAAGUCAGGGAGUCACGCUUCCAUUGUUUGUGGGGGCGCGCUAGCUGUGAAGAGAGGAGUGACUGAUGUGUGUGAAGAAGUGGCUGUUGACACGCGAUUCUUCUGGGGAGAGUGUUUGUUAGUACUCAAUAGUAGACAAGGUAUAGCUUUCGAUCACACUUCCUCCGAUAAGCAGUGAAAACAAAAUUACAAGGAAUGUAAAAACGGAAAAGGUCGAGAUUUGAUGAUCACAACGAAGGGCCAUGAUCAAAGCUAUGGGUGUGUUCCAGUGUAACAAAAUUAUAAAAAAAAAAUUUGAAAAAAAAUGAUUGUGAUAAGAAGAUUGUUACUUCCUGUAGCCUGCGCUGUAGGCUUUCAGUUAGCAGAUGGUCGGAUUGUUAAAAUUGGUUGAAUAACAAAUUCGCAUGCGUUCGAAUAAGCAGGAUUCAUAUAUAUCCACAAGUAUGACUCCUACA